AUGGCUUGGCAGUUCUUCCAUUGUCUCCUGUUUCAAGCAAUUAGUUACAGCCCAAUAUUCCUCCACCAUUUCAUUAUUUCCGCUGGGUACUCCAGAAAGUCACCUUACAAGGUCCCUCAAGAGAUUCAAAUUCUCCAUGUCUCAUCGGAUUCAUUGAUCAAAAUGAUCAGGAUUUACGAGUGUGCUUUAGACACUUUACCUGAUUCUGUCGGAGGUACGGUUGAUGCUUCUGGAGACUCCUCAACAGCUACCUACUGGACCACUACUUACGUGACCUCAACAGACCAGACCCCCGAGAUCAACUUUGUGGACAACAUCCAGUGUGAUUUUCGACAUACGAAUAUUUCCAACUCUCAGUUGUCCACUCACAAUGGGUACACUGACUACGGUUUGAUAAUCUCCAUUCAAGUGUCUCUGGAUCAAGAGAACGGGCUGCUAGAGUUCAUUGCUUCAUACAACGGACGUGUGAUUGGACGAAAAGGGGUCGCACUGAGUAUUGACUGA